AAGAUUGCAACAUCAAGCCUAUGGUGACCAGUUGUCUUCUAGCGUGGCCAAUUGCUGUCUUAACACGAGUGCCUCUUCUUUCAGCAACUUCUGUUAGUAGCCUAACUGAGUCUUUACCAGUUCAAUGCACUGAAGGCAGCAUCCAGGAAACUUCAUCAACACUAGAUUCUACACCUGUACCACCUAUGCAGCCAAGCCCUGUGUCAAGCCCAUCAUCACUCUUAGCAGAAUCUGUAGCAACAUGUGAAGUGGAAAGUACAGACAUAGUGGACAAGGCAGGACCUGAAAGAGAAGAUGUCCAAGAACCAACAUCAGUGGACCUUGCCGAAACAAUUUCAAUAGACAGUACCGGAGAGGAAUUGUCGAUGGAUAACUCAGAUUUACCUGACACUACCAGGGGCUCAGAAACAGAGUGUGAUUAUGAUGCAAGCAUAGAAACUAAUAUAGAUGAUCCCGAUUUCCCGGAUGAGAACUCGAGAGUGAAAACGAAGAGGCGCGAUACAGAUUUAACACUAAACACAGUAGCUUCAGCAUCAGAUAGCGCAGAGCCAUCCUCUGAAGAACAAGAGAAAUCACUCGACAAACCAAAACAGAAAAAAACUCGCUGCUUCAUGUGCCGGAAGAAGGUUGGGCUUACCGGAUUUGAAUGCAGGUGCGGCCACGUUUACUGCGGCGUCCACCGCUACUCAGACGUCCACAGUUGCUCUUACAAUUACAAAGCGGACGCAGCCGAGAAGAUCAGAAAAGAGAAUCCUGUAGUCGUCGGGGAAAAGAUCCAGAAGAUUUGAACUGCUACACUCUAGCUGGAAUAUUAAACAAAAACGAAAAAAAACACAAAAAAUAUAUGACCAUCUGCAGAUGAAAUUGACUUGAGCUUCUUCCCCUCGCCCACCCCCUUCCCAUUCUUCCUCCCCUCCUGCUUUAGUCAUGCCGAAUCAUGCAUGUCAUCCGAAAGCAUAGGUUCCCCCCUUUCCCUUUUAGAACAUGACUAAACUUUAUUGCAAUGCCCCCACCACCACCACAACAGCUGAAGAGUUAAGCAACCUUUACACUUGUGAGAUUCACUAUAGGAGUCCCUGUGGGGCCCCUGAAUAAAUACGAUGGCUAUUCAAGUAUUAUCCUUUUGAAAUAAUUUUUAAUUUUAGUUGAGUGCAGAGGGCUUUUUAUAAUACCGACACAGAGAUAUAUCGGAAAGGCAGCAGCGCUUUUGUUUGUAUUUCUCUCUCUUCUGUUGUACUCAAACAUGCAUGCAUUAACCUGGCCGUUUUUGUUUUCCGGGGAUUUCCCCAUCUCUCUCUUUUUUUGUAUAUAGCUUUCCUUUCCUUUUCUCUGCAGCACGAUUUCCCUCCCCCCCCCCCCCAUAACGCCUCGUACGGCACAACUAGCGAUCAGUAACUGAAUGUAUUUUAAUCAUUGCGGCUGCUUGGGUUUUUGUUUUGUUUUCCGUUCUCCUCCCCCAUUAACAAAGGUUUAUACAUAUGUUAGCAUAAUAGCUUGUUUGCACCCCCCCACUACCUAUUUAUGUAUGAAUCAUUUGUAAUGCGUGAGUCUGAGCGUGUGAUUGAGUGAGAGAGAGAGAGAGAAAGAGAGAGAGAAUUCUGAGAUUCUAAAGUUUGUGUGUGGGAUUUUUGUUUUUCCUUUUCAAAGGUAACUUCUAGAAUAUUUCUUCCCACCCCCUUCUCCCCUGUGUGUGUGUGUGUUCUAGGACGGGGGGAGGGCGGGGGGGUUGUCUGCACUUCCUUGCCGACUGCAGGUUUUCUUGGGGUUUAUGUUAUUGGGUCCUUUAUGUACACCAAUAUGAAGAAUGAUGAAGUUUUAACUGUAUUGUAUUUAUGUUCAUCCACGUCUUUAACUUUGAUUAAAAUAAAAUUUUAAAAAAUUGGGA